AUGGCUGAAGAUUCUCGGGCCCAGUUGGACGAUGGCCCUGAUGAGGGAUCCGAUGGGCCCCAGAAUCCCUCUAACCUGACUAUUCGACGAGCAGUUAGUCCACAGACCCUGAAGUCCUGCCCUGUCCUGUCUCGUCUUGUCUCUAUCCCCACGUCCUCAUCACUAACACUGCUUAAUCUUAGUGCGAUGCAUGCCGAACUCGCAAGUGAGAGAAAGAUCGACAUCAUUGACCGUCGUCUCGAGGCCCUCACCGAGCUCAUGCGUGACAUGAAGAUGAACAUGCCAUCUACAAGCAUCCAGCCCAAUCAGAAUCACAUGCCCAGCUCUGAUAUUCCCCGCCAAUCGCCAGCUCAGGCCUCGAGCUCAACCCCCUAUGGGCAUCUCGCUCAGCAAACUGCAGACAGCCCGGUCAUCGAAGGAGAAUCUUCCCUAGCUGCUCAUGGCGAAUUUGCAAACGAAUUCCUCAAAAAUGCUGUUGGUACAGAGUCUUUACAGGGUGCGAGUCUCGAGCUACGUGAGACCUUGGAUUCACUCCAUCACAUCGUCAGCUCUCUGAAGCAACAGACGGCUGCCACGGAGAUGUCAUAUCCCCAUGCUAGGCAACUGCCACGUCCAAGUCUAAAGAAUAACGAGCUACCUCCAAUUCAAACAGCCGUCGCCGUGAUACGAGAAUCCGAGAACUCAGAAGUGUCUGCCUGGAUAAGGGAGUUCUUUUCUAUGGAAAGCUUCUCGGGCAUGUGUCUUCAUGUGUACUUCUCAGAAGAUGUCUCAGAGGCCGAUUUCAUCCUUGUGAAUGUUGGCCUGAUGUACAUGUUCAUGGAUCGUCAGCAGCGUACAGUAGACGCAAAAGAGCAACAAGAGUGCGAGGGCUACAUGAAAACACUCCGCGAAAACACCGAGACGGCGUUGGCAAAUUUGCCCUUUCAUCUGCCUGCAACCUCAAACAUGAUUUCCGCCCUUCUUCUUGGAGCAUUUUAUGCUAUUGAGAUCUCAAAACCAUCACUCUCAUGGACUUUAUCAUGUAAAGCCUCCGAACUAUGUCAAACUCUAGGUUAUCACCGGAUAUCAACCAUGAAGAAUGACAAGCCGCGCGAGGCUCAGCGCAAACAGUUUCUAUUUUGGAACACGUACUUUAUAGACAAGAGUCUCUCACUCAGGCUUGGCAGGGCUUCUACUAUCCAAGACUGGGACGUCACCGUCCCCCUUCUUACCUCGAACCCUCCCAAUGCUACGCCACUAUCAGCCUUCAUUUGCCUCUGGGUCGCUACAGCUCGGUGUCAAGGACAUAUAUACGAGCUACUGUACAGCCCAGACUCCAUGACACAGUCCGAUGAUGUGAGGAGAUUCCGUGCCCAAAAGCUCGUGAACGAUCUGAAGGAUAUCUCGAGGAGGAGCAAGGAGCUGAGUAAAUCCCGCGAAAAGGAAGUCAAGACGAAUCUUGGGGAGUACUUCUUCGAUUUCGUUCUCAUCUCUGAUGAUGUUCUUCGGCUUUCACUUCUGACUCUGAUUUAUCGAGCUACGCCUGGGCCGCCCAACUCCAAAGUGACGUUUAUACCAGAGUGUAUUGAGGCUGCACGUGCAACACUGCAUCGCCACCAAGACUGCAUGGAUCUAUUGGGGCGGGAUAAUACUGUCUAUUUUCCUUCUUAUGUCCAUUGGACAUUACUCUUUGCUCCUUUCAUUCCUUUCAUCGUUGUGUUCUGUCAAGUCAUUGAGACCCAGGACCAGACGGACCUUGCUCGUCUGCAUAGCUUCUGCACAUCUCUUGAGACGACCAUUCAGUUAUCAGAUGCAGCAGCGAAGACCUAUCGCCUGUUCCAGGUCCUUUAUACAGUAGCACUCCGAUACAUAGAGUUCCGGACAAGCACUCCUCCAGCCGACCAAACACAGGCCAGCGCUGAACUGAACAACUAUCUCGCCGCUCUCGGAUUUCCACCACCAGCAGGUCUGAACAGUGGGGUUCAACAAUCGACGCACAUGGACCCUAGUCAGGCUGGUGCGUUCUCACAACCGCUCGGGGAUAUGAGUAUGCUUGAUGGUGCCGAUGGCCAGAGAGGAGCAAACACGAUGAUGUGGAUGGGUAACACGGCGCAACUUGGCGAAUGGUUCAAUAGCAGUCAGCAAAUGAUGGAGUUAUUGGAGGAGCCCAGUUUCACAUUUCCCCAGUGA